AUGGUGGUCUCUACACACGCAACGAGGUUCCUGAAUAUUAAUGUAAUACCGCCGUUUUGGCGAGCCCAACCUAAGCUGUGGUUCGCACAAUUUGAAGCCGUGGUAUCUUCAUACAAGACCAGUGAAGAUCAAAAAUAUAAUCUCGCUGUCGCCGUGUUAGAGAGAACAGACAUCGAACAAGUGAGCGAUAUCAUCUGCAAUCCACCAUCCACUGGAAAAUAUCUAGCGCUGAAGAAGAGACUAUUGUCGGUGUACGAAGAAUCCGAAUCCAAGCAAUUCCAAAAGCUGCUAGGAGGAUUAGAGCUGGGAGAACAGAAACCUUCUCAACUUCUUCGUGUAAUGCGAGAUUUAUCCGGAACAAAAGUCGCCGAUGACGCCCUGAAAGUUCUGUGGAUGGGACAUUUGCCGUCGCAAGUACGAGCCGUGCUAUCUGUCAGCACAGAAUCCUCGCUCGACACCAUGGCUACGAUGGCAGACAAGAUGAUGGAGCACACAGAACAAGCGGUAGCAGAAGCGACGGUCGGAAAACUAGAAGUAACAUCGACGGUGGCGGGCGUUGGUGUUACUAAAGGGAGUAACCGCCUCUGCAUCAGGGAGCUGAACACGAAAGAGCGUUUUCUCGUAGACACCGGCGCAGACAUAUCUGUAUUAGCAGCGAAAAACAGAAACCAAACUCCGAGCAACACCUACAAGUUGUACGCAGCGAACAAUACGCCGAUACGAACCUACGGAGAGAAAACUAUAAAUCUCAACAUAGGCCUUCGUCGCACAUACAAAUGGACAUUCAUCGUUGCAGACGUACAGACAUCCAUACUGGGCGCAGAUUUCUUACGAAGUCACAAGUUACUCGUCGAUCUACAUCAAAAGAAACUCAUAGACAGCGUCACUGAUUUGAAGAUAGAAGUCAUAGAAACAACAAGCAAUCAGCCCACAGUAUACAUCAUAGACCAAAAUCACAUAUAUCAAGAUAUCUUUAAAAAAUAUCCCGAAGUACUACGCCCGAUGUCAUUGAAGGAACCAGCAAAACACAGCGUCACACAUCACAUCGAAACCGCCGGCCCCCCACUCUUCGCCCGGCCUCGACCCCUCCCACCCGACAAGUACAAAGCGGCCAAGAUUGAAUUUGAGAAAAUGAUGGAGAUGGACGAAGAUAAAGCAAAGACAGCCAUCAUUACACCGUUCGGACUCUUCGAAUUCAACUGCAUGACGUUUGGCCUACGAAACUCUAGCCAAACAUUCCAAAGAUUUAUGCACGAGGUACUACGAGGCUUGGAUGACAUCGUCUACUCAUUCAUCGACGAUUUAUUAGUAUUUUCAAAUAAUCCGGGUGACCACAGAAGGCACGUAGAACUUGUCCUGGAACGCCUAAGCAAAUAUGGAGUAUCGUUAAACAUCGAGAAAUGUGAAUUCGGAAGAAACAAGAUUGAAUUCCUCGGUUAUCAAGUCUCAGUGGAGGGGAUAACACCGACCGAAGAGCGCACUCACGCCAUCUCUAACUAUCCGAAACCAAACACGGUGCAAGAUUUUAGAAGAUUUCUUGGCAUGGUCAACUUCUAUCGUGACUGCCUACCUCAUCAAGCCGAACAUCAACACGAAUUAAACAAAUACUUACAUAACGCCAAGAAAAACGACAAGACACCGAUAGUAUGGACAACUGAAGCCGAAACAGCUUUCGAUAUAUGCCGACAAAGCGUUCUCGAAGCUACUACGUUAUCACAUCCAGUACCCGGUGCACCGUUAUCUUUGUUGACCGACGCGUCUGACUGCAGUUUAGGCGCAGUGCUACAGCAAAAAGAAAAUGAAGUAUGGAAACCACUCGCAUUUUUCUCGAAGUCAAUGAGCGAGACGCAACGGCGAUACAGCGUGUACGAUCGCGAAUUACUAGCUAUGUACACCGCUGUCAAACACCUACGACGUCUUAUAGAGGGGAGCGAAGUGACCAUUUACACCGAUCACAAACCUCUAGUAAACGCCUUAACAAGACCGCCGAGCAACAGUGACACACCGAGAAGAGAGAGACAACUACAUUAUAUAAUAAUAAUAUAA